AUAGGAGGAGUAUAGGACUGCAAAUUGCGCAAAAACUCUUCUAGGCCUUAUUUGGCUAGAGAGCAAAGCUUCUCUGGCCUACAGACUGCAGCAGCAAGAUGAGAAGUGUCAAAGCUCUCAGAAGCUCCAAGCUUUCUUCACUCCCACUCCGGCAUUUCUCUACACUUACUCUAUCCAAAUCCAAAAAAUAUGCCCCAUCUCCUCCUCCCACACCUCCCAUCACCGGGAAUGUCCCACAAGAUUCAGUCACUUCUUCUCAGUGGCAUUCCAUCAAACACAUUCCAGGCGAACUAAACCCCACCUUAAUUUCAACCACCCUCCCAAACCUUCGUUCAUCUCCGGACCGUGUACUCACUUUCAUCGAAAAUAUCAGCCCCAAUUGCUUAGACAUUACCUGUUAUAGCCUCGCUAUUUGCAUACUCUCUCGUCUCCCCUCGCCUAAACAAGCCACACACCUUCUCAAGCAAGUGAUCAGUGCACGCGUCACCACGCAUAAGGAGUUUUUUGAUGGGCUUGUGAGUGCUCGGGAGAAGCUGGAAAUAAAGAGCUCAAUUGUGUUGGAUUUGCUUGUAAGGGCGUAUUGUGAAUUGAAGAAAGGCGAGGAGGCGUUAAAGUGCUUUUAUUUAAUGAAACAGAAGGGAAUUUUGUCCAAGAUUGAAACUUGUAAUGAUUUAUUGAGUCUUUUUAAUAAAUUGAAUAGGACCCAUUUGGCCUGGAUUGUGUAUGCUGAAAUGUUUAGGAUGAAGAUUAGUUCGACUGUAUGUACGUUUAAUAUAAUGAUCAAUGUUCUAUGUAAAGAAGGCAAGUUGAGGAAGGCAAAGGAGUUCAUUGAAAACAUGCAGUGUUUAGGGGUUAAGCCAAAUUUAAUAUCGUAUAAUACUGUGAUUCAUGGUUAUUGUUUGAAGGGAGAUUCUGAAGGAGCAAAUAAGUUUUUUGAGACGAUGAUAGUAAAAGGAAUUGAGCCUGAUUCGUACACGUUUAAUUCUCUAAUCAGCGGGAUGGUGAAGGAGGGGAGGGAAAAGGAGGUGUCUUCGUUGUUAGAGAAAAUGAAGUCGUUCGGGUUGAUCCCUACAGCUGUGACUUACAAUACUCUGAUAGAUUCAUGCUGCAAUAAAGGGGACUUAGAAAAGGCAUUCUUUUAUAGGGAUGAGAUGGUUAAGAUUGGGGUUGUGCCAAGUGUUACUACCUAUAACUUGUUGAUCCAUGCAUUGUUUCUUGAUAGCAGAAUGGCGGAAACUGAUGAUUUGGUGAAAGAGAUGGCAGAGAAGAGAGUACUCCAUGAUGGUAUUACGUAUAACAUAUUGAUCAAUGGCUAUUGCAGGGCGGGGAAUGCAAAGAAGGCAUUUAAGUUUUAUGAUGAAAUGCUGAGUAGGGGUCUUCAACCGACGAUUGUCACUUAUACAUCACUUAUCAAAGUCUUGGGCAAAAGGAAUCGGAUGAAAGAAGCAGAUGAUUUGGUUGUUGAAAUAUUGCGGAAAGGGAUAUUCCCAGAUCUAAUUAUGUUCAAUGCAUUGAUUGAUGGCCAUUGUGCCAAUGGUAACGUUGUGCGUGCUUUUGAUAUACUGAAGGAGAUGAAUAAAAUGAACGUUCAGCCUGAUGAAGUUACCUACAAUUGUCUGAUGCAAGGGUAUUGUAGGGAGAAUAAAGUUGAAGAAGCUUGUGCGCUUCUCGAGGAGAUGAAGGGAAGAGGAAUUAAACCUGAUCAUAUCAGCUAUAACACUCUAAUCAGUGGGUAUAGUAAGAGAGGUGACAUGGAUGAUGCAUUCAAAGUUCGUGAUGACAUGUUAAGUGCAGGUUUUAACCCUACUCUUCUCACUUACAAUGCUCUCAUACAAGGUUUAUGCAAAAAACAGGAAGGUGUACUUGCUGAGGAACUUCUCAAAGAAAUGGUUAGUAAAGGCAUUACUCCUGAUGACAGCACUUAUCUUGCUUUGAUUGAAGGGAUUGGUGAUGUUGAUGGUUUCUUGGGGAGAAAAGAUCCAUCAUAAGGUAACUUGUCAGGUUCCUGUUUGCAGCUGACAACUCCUUGGCGAUUGUUUGGAUAUAAUUGACUCGAUUGAUUUGGAGUACUUGGUGGAACUGAAACAACCACAAAGUUCAUCCUUCCCUAGUCGCUUGCAUUUUCACAUUUCAUCAGAUUGACAUGACAGUCCAACUACAUAGCCAGACAUGCUCUGCUUCAUCGCCCCUUCUCUGUACUGAUGAUGGAACGCCAUUUCAUCCUCCUCCUGAAGAAAAACUGAGUAUUGGGGGAAAACCAUGCCAAGAAGCUUCCCUUAUUACAGAAAAGAGAAAAAGCUUCCAGAAUAAAUGGUCCAGACCUGUCAAAUGAAGAGGACAGGAAAUGUGAUAAUUGUUUUGUUUAAGACCAGCAGCUGAGUUUCUGGAGCUGUGAAAAUAUUCAUAUCAGGAUUUCUUGAAGCAAUAAUAUUUAUCUCAAAUUAGUUUGCCAAGGAGUUAAAUGUACUUGAAUGGACUUUAGACUAGGUUUUCACUCUGUGGGAGAGCUGUUUCUAUAGCAUAUUCCCAGAUGUUGAAGAGCAGUGGAGGUAUGCGUAGUAAACGAGGUUAGAGAAUGGGCUCUGCUGCACUGUAAGUUUCAAGCUGAUAUUGGCUUGUAAAGUAUUGUACAUCCAUAGCGAUCUUACAUUAGCCAAUUGGUUCACAAUUUUCAGAGCUAGCUGAUAUUACUUGAUGAGCCCCAAUCAUUGUUUUGCUUUUGCAGUCUCCAAUCUUCAGCAUAUUUGUUUAUAUUAUACUCAUAACUUGGUUGAAGUUCUUUUUCUUUCUCUUAUUAUCGGGGUAAGUAGAGCUGCUUAAUUUCUGAAAAUACGUCAUAUUUCUAGCUGCAGUUUGUACAAGCUGAGUCACUUGAUUGUACCUCAACUGUUUACUCUGUU